AUGAAGUUGAAUUUAGGCGUGUUUUUUUGGGCUUUUGCUCCCUCUAUCAAAGGGUUUCACUAUUGUCGACCGGUGAUUAGCAUUGAUGGUACACACUUGUAUGGAAAAUACAAGGGUAAGAUGUUGAUUGCAAUGGGAGUUGAUGACCGUGAAGGCAUAUGUCUAAUAUCUGAUCGUCAUGGUGGAAUUCUUAAGGCUGUCAAUGAGCAUGGAUCUCCAUGGUUAGAGCCACGUGGUUUUCAUAGGUAUUGUUUACGACAUUUCAUCAGCAACUUUUAUGACAAGUUUCGUAAUUCAGAAUUGAAAGCUUUAGCUUAUCGUGCCGGGAGUCAGAAUCAAAUUCGAAAGUUCAACUCCAUCAUGGAAGAAAUUGGGAAGUUAAAUCCACGUGCUCGAGAAUGGUUGGAGAGUCAUCCACUUAAUAGAUGGACACUUGCACAUGAUGGUGGAAGGAGAUAUGGGUUGCUCACAACAAAUUUGUCAGAGAUUUUCAACAGUGUACUUAAAGGUGCUCGUUUUUUACCAAUCACAGCUUGUGUGCAACUAACAUUCUAUAGAAUGGUGCAUUAUUUUGAUGUGAGACAUCCUUUAGGAUCUAGUUCUCAAGCUAAUGGAGAUACACAUACUCCACAUGUUGUUGUAAAACAAGUAGCUUUGAUGGCAAAAGCAAGUGCACGUUCCUUAAGAUCUUUUAACCGAGAAAAAUGUAUAUUUGAGUUGAUAACUCAAAAAGGUCGAAAUGUGCAAGUAGUUAAUUUGGAACAAAAAACUUGCACAUGUGGUAAAUGGGAGGUAUUUAAAUAUCCUUGUUCUCAUGUCUUGAGUGCAUGUGCCAAACUCUCUUUGAAUAGUUGGCAAUAUGUUGAUAAAUGUUACUCGAUUGAAUACUAUUGUGCUACUUGGGCAUCUGAGUUCUCCCCGCUUCCUCAUGAAGUGUAUUGGCCACAAUCACCAUUUAAUGAAUUACUUCCAAAUUUAGAACUAUUACGAAAUAAAAAAGGCCGUCCUCGUUCAACAAGACUAAAAAAUGGUAUGGAUAUUAAAGAAGGAAGAAAUGUCAAUCUUUGUGGAAUUUGUAGGCAACCGGGACAUAAUCGAAAACGAUGUCCGUCUAUGCCAAGGUAA